AUGGAACGGGGCCGGGACGGGGAGGAGGAGCUGGAGGAGGAGGAUGAUGAGGAGGAAGAGGAGGAUGGCGGCCUGGAGAGCGCCCUGGAGAAAAGCCCGUUCCAGCUAACGGCCGCGGAUGUCUACGACAUCUCCUCCGUGGUGGGCCGGGACCUGCUGCAGCUCCGCGCCGGGCCGCAGCUGCCCGCCGCCCGCGCCCGCCUGCAGUUCAGGAUCGUCAGGGUGCUGGAGAUGCUGGAGGCGCUGGUGAGCGAGAGCAGCGUGGCCGAGGAGCAGCUGCGGCGGGAGCGGGACAGCCUCCGGCGGGAGCUGGAGCAGCUGCGGGCGGCGGCCGCGGGGAGCGCCCCGCAGCUCAGCAGCCUUGGACCAGAUCAGAUGGUGAUAGACCUCACAGACCCCAACCGGCCCCGGUUCACCUUACAAGAACUCCGAGAUGUAUUGCAAGAGAGGAACCAGCUGAAAGCUCAGCUUCUGGUCGUGCAAGAGGAGCUACAGUGCUAUAAGAGUGGGAUCAUCUCACAGAAAAGGGACCAAACUGAAGAACUGGAAAAAGAAGCCCGUGGCAGCACUGCUGGCACCAGCAAGGACAGUGAAGAGAAGACAAUCAUCAAACGGCUGUUUUCUUUUAAACAUGGAAAAUGAGCAUCCUCAAGGACUUAACUGCUGCUGGUGAGAAUGGCACUGAUGAGCCUCAGAGGCAUUGGGAAAGACAAUGACUGGAAGCAGCAGCAUCACUCCUACUGUAGAGAAUGAGCAAUCUCAUUAAAAUCACGUUGUAUAAUAUUCUCUCAGAAUAGAUUUUACUCUGCUUUUUCAGAAACUGUUUGAAACAGAUACUUUUUGUAUUUCUUACUGUCAGACAUUACCCACAUGUAGAAAAUAAAAUGUUUAUACAAAGUUGGGGUUUAUUCUUAUUAAAAGAGCUUGUGAUGAUCUGUA